AUGGAUGCCACCUCCCCGCCGCCUCGUCCGCGCAUGGCGCCCGGCGUCCUCCCCGACGCGCUGGCGGAGCUGGCGGAGCUGCGUGAGUUGCGGCUCUCCGCGGCGGCACACCUGACAGGCACCCUCCCCGCCUCGGCGCUCCUCUCUCUGGCAGCGCUCGAGGUGCUCGAGCUCACUCGGGUGAACGUGUCGGGCACCCUCCCCGCCGGCCUCCUCGCCUCCCUCCCCCUCCUCGACGAUCUCGCCCUCUCCGGCACCCGCCUCAGCGGCUGCCUCGCGCUCGGCCGCAUCUCCGACCUCGAGCUCCUUCACCUCUCCAGCGCGGCCAUCUCCGGCACUCUGCCCGCCGAGCUCUUCACAGCCCUCGGCCCCACGCCGGUGGAGCUCGUCGUGCGCCGCGUGUUUCUGUUUCACGCCGCGGGCUCGCUGCCGGCGAGCAUCUCCGCCGCGACGGCGCUGCAGCUUUGCUAUCUGCCGCAGGACCGGCUGCGCUGCCCGCUGCCGCCGCUGCCGCAGCAGUGCGCGCUCGGCAAAGACGGCGGGCGGCUGUUUUGCGAGCUGCGUCUCGGGAACGACCACUACGGCGUCAACGUGAGCGAGCGAGUUCUCGACACCCUCCUCACCACCGCCGCCGUGCUGUGCUCGCUCGCGGCCGUCGCCGCGCUGGCCGCAAAGACUCGCCGGUGGCGCAGGCGGCGGGCGGAGCGGAGGCGCGUGCGCAAGGAGCGGCGGCAGGUGGACACGGAGCUCGCCUCCAUCUUCGACAGCCGCGCAGAGGCGUUCGACACGCUCGAGAUGCGCGAGGCGGCGAGGCGGCGCGCCGAGGCGACGCUCGUCCGCGACGCGGGCGCCGAGCUCUCUCGGCAUUUGCUUGCGGGGGACGCGACCCGAGCCAGUCCGUCGGGCGGCCUCGUCGGGCGGCACGUGCAAGCGCGGCUGACCGGUGGGAGGGUGGUGAGCGGCGUGGUGACACGGCAGGUGGGCGGGCGAGUGCGCGUCGAGUCCGUGCCACGGCCGUCCUCGCCCGUGCUCGACCGGCCGCCCUCGUGCUGGGCCGACGAGGGGGACGCGACGCCGAUCGGGGAGGCUGAAGCCAUCCUGAUGCGCGCGACGCGUGGGGUAGCAUCCACGAGGCAAGAGGGCGACGAGGAGAGGAUGUUUCCGGACCGGAGGCUCCGCCGGCCAAGCGGGCCGCCGCCCAUGCCGCCGCCGCUGCCCUCGGUCGUGCCCUCGGGCGAGCCCGAGGAGGCUGUGCUGCCGCCGCCGCCACCGGGCGGGCCAAUCUCCCUGCCUGACGGGGCAGAAGCAGCCACCCAUUCCUGGGUUGCGAGCGACGGCGAGGGCGAGCCCGAGCCGGCUUUUUUACCGCCGCCGCCACGACCGGACGGGGGGGACCAGCGGGAGUGUGGCGGGACUGUGGUGUGACUGCGCCGCUCGCCAGCGCUGCUGUUGAGCGCCAGCUGCUGCUCCCUUCAGCCAGACGGCCGGGCCUGCGCAGCACGACCGCUGGCCUUCCUCCUGCACCACAGGAGCGCGCCAAGGCGCGCGUCUUUAGCAUGCCGCGUGUCCAUCGGGGUUCGGGGUUCGGGCGCAAAGAUUACUUAAGACCGCA